AUGCUGUACUCUGGAUCCCAAGCUAGGGUGUGGCUGUACAAGACCUCCAUGGAUUUUCCUCUGAGAGCGCUCCUACUGUGGGUCCUUCUGCUGGACCCCCGCGGCAUGCCACUGGUGGGAGGAGUCUUGUACCGGGUUCCCGAGGAGCAGCCUCCCAGCACGUUAAUUGGAAGCCUGGCAUCGGACCAAGGCCUGCCAGACAGCGGGCACCUGUACAAGCUGGAGGUUGGCUCUCCCUACCUGCGGGUCGAUGGCAAGACAGGGGACAUCUUCACCACCGAGAUCCCCAUCGACCGCGAGACCCUGAAGAACUGCCGGAACAAGGGCAAGCCUUGCUUCCUGGAGUUCGAGGUGUCCGUCACUGACCUGAUCCAGAACCAGAGCCCCCGGCUGAUCGAGGGCCGCAUCGAGGUGCUGGACAUUAACGACAACACGCCGCAGUUCCCGUCGCCCGUCCUCACCCUGUCCAUCCCGGAAAACACUCCGAGCGGGGUGCUCUUCCCCAUCCCGCUGGCCACCGACCGAGACACGGAGAAGAACGGGGUGCUGGACUACAAGCUGUCCGCCGAGUCGGAGUCCUCGUCGCUCUUCAGCCUGCAGGUAGCCGAGGACCGCGGCGAGAAGUUGCCCCAGCUGAUCGUGCUGGGAAGCCUCGACCGCGAGCAGAAGGACUCGUACGACCUCAGCAUCAAAGUGCUGGACGGGGGAUCCCCUCAACGCCAGAGCAGUGCCUUGCUGAGAGUCGUCGUCACCGAUGCGAAUGACAAUGCGCCCAGAUUCGAGAAAUCGCUGUACGAGGCUAAAGUUGCCGAAAACAGUCCCAUCGGACACUCGGUGCUUCAGGUUAAAGCUAAUGACUCUGACCUUGGCCCUAAUGGGGAGAUUGAGUACACUCUUCACCAGGCUACUGACCCUGUCCCCAAGCUCUUGAGGAUCGACCGUUCCACUGGUAUCAUCUAUGUGAAAGGGGGACUGGAUCGCGAAGAGAUCAACAGCUUAAAGUUUUAUGUGGUUGCACGGGAUAAAGGACCAACACCCAAGUCGUCCAAAACUUUUGUCGAGAUCGAAGUGACGGAUCAGAACGACAAUGCCCCCGCCGUGGAGAUCCGUGGAAUUGGCCUGGUCACUCACAGUGAUGGCGUCGCAAAUAUAUCCGAGGACAUGCCAGUGGGGACGGCCGUUGCCUUAGUCCAAGUCUCAGAUCAGGAUGAAGAGGAGAAUGCAGUAGUGACUUGUGUCGUCGCAGGGGAUGUCCCAUUCCAGCUGCGCUUAGCAAGUGACUCUGCCGCCGAGCACAAAAAAAAGUAUUUCCUGCAGACCACGACCCCCCUUGACUACGAGGACAUUCGAGAAUAUAGGGUCCAGAUUGUCGCUGUGGACUCGGGUAACCCUGCACUGUCCAGCACAAACUCGCUGAAGGUGCAAGUGACAGAUAUCAAUGACAACUCCCCCAUCUUUUCGCCCUCGCUCUUCGAGGUUGACUUCAAAGAGGAAAACCAGCCCGGAGAGAAGAUUCUCGAUGUGGUCGCCAAAGACGCUGACAGCGGCACCAACGCGGAGCUCACUUACAGAAUAGUUGCUGAGCCCUCUAUAAGCGGUCUCUUCGAAAUUGAUGCUAUCACAGGCACAGUGCGAGCGCGCAGUCCCCUGGACAGAGAGCACAAGGAGAAGUACGAGUUCCAGGUCGUCGCGGCCGACAAAGGGGUGCCCAGCCACAGCGGCACGGCCACGGUCGUGGUCAAGGUGCUCGAUCGCAACGACAACGAGCCCAAGUUCAUGCUGAAUCGGUACACUUUCUCGGUAAUGGAGAACAUGCCUCCUCUUAGUCCAGUGGGCAUGGUGACCGUCAUGGACAUGGACAAAGGAGAAAACGCUCACGUGCACCUCUCAGUGGAGCCGGACGUCGGGAAGUUUAUCGUCCAAAACGGCACGGGAACGAUACUGUCCAGCAUAUCCUUCGAUCGAGAGAAGGAGAGCAGCUACACGUUUCGCCUGAAAGCGGUAGACGGCGGCGAUCCUCCCAGGUCGUCCUACGUGGGCGUGGUGAUCAACGUCCUGGACGAGAACGACAACGCGCCGAUCGUCAUCAAGCCCUCAAACUCGUCCUUCAGGCGCCUGUCCCCGUUGGCCGCCCCGGACAGCCGCGUGGAGGUGGUGGAGGCCGAGGACAUGGACACCGGACCCAACGCGGAGCUCGUGUACAGCAUCACCGGGGGCAACCCUCACGAGCUCUUCCGCAUAUCGCCGUCCGACGGCGAGAUCACGCUGGCCAAGGAACUGACCCGCAAGCACAGCGGCCUGCAUCGCCUCGUGGUCCGAGUGAGCGACCGGGGGAAACCGACGCGCCACACCACCGCCCUCGUGCACAUCUACGUCAACGAAACCAUCGCCAACGUCAGCCUGGUGGAGGCGCUGGUCGGACACAGCCUCUACACCCCACUGGACAUGGACAUCGCCGGUGACCCUGACUUUGACCCUGCUCAUAGGAGCAAUAUCCUCUAUGGGAGCCUGGCUGGUGUGGCGGGCGUCCUCCUGGUGAUCGUGGUGGUGGUGUUCAUCCGUCACCGCAUUCAGAGGGAGACCAAGAGCGGCUACCAGGCCGGCAAGAAGGAGACCAAGGACCUCUACACGCCCAAGCAGGGCCCCAAGAGCAGCAAAGGCAAGAAGGGGAGGAAAGGGAAGCCGCCAAAGUCUCCCAAGCCCCUCGGGGAAGAGGAAGAGGUCAGUCUCCAGAAAAGCCUCAAGUUCAACCUGGACGGUGUCAGCGAUAGCCCCAGGAUACACCUCCCCCUGACAUACCCGCCCGGCAGCCCCGACCUGGGCCGUCAUUACCGCUCCAACUCGCCACUUCCCUCCAUUCAGCUCCAGGCUCAGUCGCCGUCAGCCUCCCAGAAGCACCAGGCUGUGCAGGAGCUCCCAGCCACCAACACCUUUGUGGGAACAGGCGGAGAUGACAACUCCACCGGUUCGGAUCAGUACUCGGAUUACAGCUACAAGGCCAACCAAGCCAAGUACAGCACCAAAACGCUUCCCCAUCGCCGAGUGACUUUCUCCACGACCAAUCCCGUGCAGGAUCUGCAGGACUCCUCCCAACAGAGUUACUAUGACAGCGGCCUGGAGGAGUCGGAGACGCCCAGCAGCAAGAGCUCGUCUGGGCCCCGCAUCGGACCCCUGGCCCUGCCCGAGGACCACUACGAGAGGACCACCCCCGACGGCAGCAUCGGGGAGAUGGAGCACCCGGAAAACGACAUCCGCUCCCUGCCAGACGUGGCUAUGACGGGCAACUGCACCCAGGAGUGCAGCGAGCUCGGCCACUCGGACGCCUGCUGGAUGCCCGGGCAGCCCUCGCCCAUCCGCAAGACGCCGCGCAACCCGCCCAAGCUCUCCACCUUUGUGCCUUACCAGGAGAGGGGGAGCCUGGGGCGCCUGGCCAACGGCAGCGCCCGGCUGGGUGGAGGCGGCGGUGGUGGCGGCGGUGGCAGCGGGGGCAGUGGCGUGGAGGAGCCCCGGCCUCGCCUCCCUCCCUCCCGCAGUGCCUACUCCAGCGGGGUGGGCGUCGGAGGCCACGCCCCCAGCCAGGACUGCCCCUUGGAGGAGGUGCCGCUGAGCGUGGCCAGCGAAUACCCGCCCACCAGCCCGCCUUCCAGCCACACCUCCAAGCGGGAAAUCUACCUGUGA